AUGGUUAAAACCCAAACGUACACUGAAAGAGCUUCUGCUCAUCCGUCUCCUGUGGCUCAGCGCUUGUUCAAAUUAAUGGAUAACAAGAAAACAAAUUUGUGUGCUUCCGUUGAUGUGAAAUCUACUGAAGAAUUCUUGACCUUAAUAGAGAAAUUAGGGCCGUAUAUUUGCUUAGUUAAAACACACAUUGAUAUAAUAGAUGAUUUUUCCUACGAAGGUACUGUUGUUCCUUUAUUGGCUUUAGCGAAAAAACAUAAUUUCAUGAUUUUCGAAGACCGUAAAUUUGCUGAUAUUGGAAACACGGUCAAAUCACAAUAUUCUGGUGGUGUUUAUAAGAUUGCUCAAUGGUCCGAUAUUACAAAUGCGCAUGGUAUAACUGGUUCAGGAAUUGUGAAAGGUUUGAAAGAGGCUGCACAAGAAUCUUCGAAAGAACCAAGAGGUUUAUUAAUGUUAGCUGAAUUAUCAUCAAAGGGCUCUUUAGCGUACGGUGAGUACACAGAAAAAACCAUCGAAAUUGCUAAGAGUGACAAAGAAUUCGUUAUUGGCUUCAUUGCUCAAAGAGAUAUGGGUGGAACAGAUGAAGGUUUCGAUUGGAUUGUUAUGACACCUGGUGUAGGUUUGGAUGAUAAGGGUGAUGGUUUAGGUCAACAAUAUAGAACUGUUGAUCAGGUUGUUACAACUGGAACUGAUAUUAUCAUUGUCGGAAGAGGUUUAUUUGGACAAGGCAGGGAUCCAACCGUUGAAGGUAAGAGAUACAGAGAUGCAGGUUGGAAUGCAUAUUUAAAGAAGACUGGUUCGUUGUAA